GCGGGGGGGGGCGCCCACGUGUGAAGAGGAGGGCGAGAGGAUGGGGCGCAAGUUGGACCCGGCCGGGAAGGCGAGGCGGGGCCCGGGGCGCAAGGCGCGCAAGCAGCGCGGGGCCGAGCAGGAGCUGCGGCGCUUCCUGCCGCCCGAUCCUGAAGACAGCCCAAGAAAGCUUUCCAGCCAUGUGCGGCGAAGAGCUGCAAAGCGGCGGAUCAAAUCUGCCAGACUGCCAGCCGGCAAGACCACCCUUGCACUCCGAGAAUCAGCAGCUCCAGGCGAGUCGUUGCCAAAAGGUGCCAAGAAGCAGGCGGCCUUACAAGAUGGCCGUCUCGGUGGCUUCAGUGACAUCAGUACCUGGCUGACCCCCAGUUCUGCGGAAAAAAGGCCCAGGCCCAAGGAGAGCGAGCAAGACGCGUUCAGUGGCAGUGAGGAGCUCGAAGGGCCCCGUGAGAGUGACGGGGAGGACGGAAGUGAUGAUGGGAUGGUGGACGACUAUGGAGCUUUGUCUUCUGGUGAUGAGGAGGAGCUCCUGCCCAUUGAACAAGCUGCCCAAAAGCAAAAGGAGCAGGACAUGAGCGAGGAGGAGAGCGAGGAGGAGGAGGAGGAGGAGGAACCCCGCAAGCACGAUGAGGCUCAGGAAACAGACUUGCAGCUCAAUGUGGAGGCAGGGGAGCGCUUUCUGCUGCCCAGUGGGCAGGAGGUAGAGAAAGAAGCCGCCGAGCCCCCCGAUCUUCAGCUCAUCCAUCAGCGUAUCAAGGACAACAUUGAAGUGCUUCAGGAUUUCGGCACAAAGCGGGAGGAAGGCCGCUCCCGGCAAGAGUACCUCACCCUCCUGCGCCAGGACCUGGCCGCUUACUACUCCUACAGUGACUUUCUGAUCGGGAAGGUGAUGGAGCUCUUCUCCCUCUCGGAGCUGGUUGAUUUCUUGGAGUCCAAUGAGGUUUCCCGGCCGGUGACUCUCCGCACCAACACUCUCAAAACGCGGCGGCGUGACCUCGCCCAGGCGCUCAUUAAUCGUGGGGUGAAUCUUGACCCGUUGGGGAAGUGGUCGAAAACUGGACUUGUGGUCUAUGAUUCCUCCGUGCCCAUAGGUGCCACCCCAGAAUACUUAGCUGGGCAAUAUAUGCUGCAAGGAGCUUCUAGCCUUCUGCCAGUCAUGGCUCUUGCCCCUCAGGAGAAUGAGCGCAUUCUGGACAUGUGCUGUGCCCCAGGAGGCAAGACCAGUUACAUAGCCCAGCUGAUGAAGAACACGGGCCUCAUCCUGGCCAAUGACAGCAAUGAGGAGAGAUUGCGCAGCGUGGUGGGGAACCUGCACCGGCUCGGAGUCACCAACACGGUGGUGAGCCACUGCGACGGGCGCCAGUUCCCCAAGGUGCUGGGUGGCUUUGACAGAGUCUUGCUCGAUGCUCCGUGCAGCGGCACAGGCGUGAUCUCCAAGGACCCCACAAUUAAGGCCAACAAGGACGAGAAGGAUAUUUUGCGUUGUGCCCACCUGCAGAAGGAGCUGAUACUCAGCGCCAUUGACUCGGUCAACGCUGCCUCAGAGACGGGGGGCUACAUUGUUUACUGCACCUGCUCAGUCAUGGUGGAGGAGAAUGAAUGGGUGGUGGAUUAUGCCCUGAAGAAGCGCAACGUCCGCCUAGUGCCUACUGGACUGGACUUUGGCAAAGAAGGAUUUGCCAGGUUUAGGGAGCGGCGUUUUCACCCCUCUUUGAAGUCCACGCGGCGCUUCUACCCUCACACGCAUAAUAUGGAUGGCUUUUUUGUCGCUAAGCUCAAGAAAUUCUCCAAUGCGAUUCCCAAAGUUCCCCAAGAUGAGGAACCCACGGAGGAGCCCGGCGUGCCGUCUGCAAGGGAGGAGUCUGCUCCAGUCGCGGCUGCUGUGCCUCUGUCAACGGGGGGAAAGCAGGAGGAGAGGUUGCAAGGGGUUAAGAAGCAGGCUGCAAAACGGGGAUUUUCUGCAUUGACGGCCGCCAAGACGGAGCUGCGAGGAGAGUCGAAAGUUAAGAAGCAGAAGAAGCGAGUGCUGGUCGUGCAGCGAGGCUCCUUCCAAGCGCAGUCCAGGCUCGCAAAGGCUUCCUGGAGCUCUCCUGGAGGCCGGAGGACUCAGGCCGUCUCCAGCAGGCAGCGCAGAGCGCCCCAGAGCUGCCCGUAGGGGGCUUGCGUUGCUGAGCACUUGCCCGGAGGCUCCCAGCUGGUGCAGAUAAUGCUGGUGGGGCCUGGUACAGCUUUGCGCUGGAUUGGACUUCGGGCACUCCCGUGUGUGCGCGCGUGCGUGCGUGCGCAGGCCCCCGUUUCUCAUGUUUAGCUCUUCAUCAUGCUUCAGAGCACAGACUGUCUUAAGACUCAUUGGUCAUUAAAGGUUUUCUACUUGGUUGCAACAUGUGUUUAUGCACAUCAGGUGCAGGGCUUUAUUCUAUUUGUUUACUCCUCCUAUUAAGUGCCAGUGUCUUUGAUGGCAGCUACUCCCAGGCUUGGAGGGGUCCUCCCAGAUGUCACCUGCUUCUUGUGGGAAGCCCCUGUCUUUCCACUUUGACUCUUGUGAACCUGCCUGGGGAUGAUCUGAACGGCACGGUCCCUGCAGUGUGUCCCUGGCAGUCCCCUGGGCAGGAACGUUAAUGUUUGUGCCUCUAGCCUCGGCAGUUCUGUUUCAGGCUUUAGGAGUCCCUUGCAGAUUUGGGGGUGGGGGUGGGGGGAGGACAAAUGGAUUAAAAUCAGGCUGGCUUGCACUGGGAAUAAGCCGGCCUUCAGGCAAACCCCAAGCAGAAUCACCAUAAAGAAAAGUUUCUGAUUCUUGUCUCCCAGCCACUGUUCUGGUUUGACUGUCUCCUCCCAAUUUGGGAGACGUCUCCUCCAGUUGCCCCACAGCCUUAAGAUCUCUGUGUGUCUUAUUCUGCCAUCUAACAAAAAUACCCAUCAUGGUAGUGUGAAUAUUCAAACAAAAAGGAACCUUGGUGUACUUUAAAAACUAAUUGAUUUAUUGAAACAA